UUUUAUCAAGCUUUUAGUUGGGAUACUCACAAGAAGUUGCUUCAGAUUGGUAAAAAACUUCGUCGCAGAUAGAUCGUUUUGAUUGAAAUUGAAGUUCGAAAAGUGUUUUUUAUCGUCAAAAUUCUCAAUUUGUGAAAAUUAAUAUUGUGUGUGUUAAGAAUUUCUAUAAAACAGUUUUAACUGUAUAGUUAAAAUUAAGAAAAGUACUUCGAUUUAAAAAAAAUCCUUAAAAUGACAUUUUCUAAAACAUCUACAGUUAUAGUGUUCGGCAGCCUUCUGUUGACGACGUGGUUCGCCUUAACUAUCUCGCAGAUUCAACCGCGUGAGGCGAAUACCUGCGAGGGACGACAAACUACCGGAAAUAUUUGUGAGUCGUGUGAACUGUUGUCCACAUGCGUGCGGAAUUCCAGCGGUUGGAUGAUAAUUCCCAUUGAAAUAUGUGACAUCUCUAAUGGAUUCUACUGUAACUCACGGGAGGGCGUGUGCAGCAAUAAGACCGGACCGUGUCAUCCAUUCGCAAUGGAUGGUAAUUUCCCUUGCACUUCACAAGGCAUUUUCCCAGACCCAUACGAUUGCCAGAAAUAUCACAUGUGUUACUUUGCGGGCGUUACACUUGUGUCGGUGACACUGGAGUGUUUCGGCAAUAAGGCAUUCAAUGCAGCGACUGGUCAAUGUACUUCAAACUUGCAGGAUAAUGCCUGCAAGACGCAGCAAUUCCAAUGCGCCAAUGUUGGUGAUGCGCAUCCAUGGCCAAAUAAUCCGAAUGUUUUCUACAUUUGUCGUGCACUUUCGCAGCAAAAUGAUCGUAUACUCUAUCCAUCGCUUUAUCGUUGUCCUGAUGGUGAAGUUUUUAAUGGCCAUGCAUGUCAACAGGGCGGCGGCGCACAAUUCGAAUCAUCAACAACAAAGGCUCUAACUACGCCAUCGCCUACCAAUAGUAUAUGCGCGGUAGCUGGUUUAUCAGCUGAUCCAGACGAUUGCACCAGCUACUACUACUGUUCGGGGGUGAAUGGUGUGAAGCGUCACCACACAUGCCCAUUGGGUACUCAUUUCAGUACUCAGUACGUGUCUUGUGUGAUCGGUGCAUGCAGAAAGUGAUUGUCUUUAUACUUGUAUUAAUUUUCAAAUGUGAAAUUUUUUGAGAAUAAAAUAAAAUAACGAGUUUAA